UCUGAGUGAGCUUCCCAAUCAGGACAUCUGGCAGGGUCCAGUGACGUCUUCGAAGGAUGGUCACACCUGGGGGAGGGGACGGGCUGUUUGCACCUGGUUUGUAAAGGCAAGGAUUCUGCUCAACACUCUUAUGGUGCACGGGACAGACUCCCACAGCAAAGAACAAUCCAGCCCAGACGCCAGCCGUGCCGGGGUUGGGAAAGCCUGGUCCACUGAUGAGCAAGAGAGACAGUGUCCCUGCCCUGCCACAUUUUGCAGAGAACAGACAGGAAGGGAGGAAAGGAAGAGAAAAAGCAACAAAGUAAAUUAGGGACAAAGAAAAGGGUCCGAGUUGAUUAGUGCUCGGGAAGGAGGCGGGGGCUGCAGUGGAGAGCAGUGGUGACGGGGCCUUGGCCAAGGUCGGGUCGAUGGGGCCAGCUUCCUGUGCAGGGGGCGAGGUGUCCAAGCCCAGAGAGCCAGAGGGAAAGGAGACUCGGGUCAGGCCAGCUUGCCUGGCAGCAAGGGAAAGCAGCAGGGAAGGUCUGCACACAGGGAGAGACGGAGGGGGGGUUCCAAGAUCCAGAGCCUCCGGAGCUCUUUGGAGGAGGUUGGGGUACGUGACGGGGAGCCAAAGCGUGCAGCCGAGGCAGACAGCUCGGAUAUCCAGUGGCCCCCAGGUAUUUACAGGGCUUCACUUCUGGGACCCCAUAGAUACCAGUGUCUGCAAUGCCAACACCGGAGGACGCACAGACCCCUUAUGGAAAAUGACAUAGCAGAGCAUUUGCGUAUAUGUAGCCUACUUACCUCUUCCUGUGCAUUUCAGAAGUCUACGUGAUCCCUAACACUAUGUGAAUGCUGUGCAAACAGCUGUUACGCUGUGUUGUUCAGGGAACGGUGACAAGGAGAAUGUAUCUGUGCAUGCUCAGGACGGUCACAAUGUGUUCCUCUCCAUAUUCUCCGUCCCAGAUUGGCUGCGUCCAGGGAGAGAGAAACGCCCUAGGUAAAAGGGCUGACUGCUACCCAGGGAAUAUGGGAGACUUGUGACAAGGGCUCCCUCUAGGGUCUGGGUUGUAUGGCCUGGCGGAAAUGUCACCCCCUGGAGGCCCUGUUUGUCACUUGCAAAAUGGAGGUCACAGUAGGCCCUACCUCAGGAGCAUUAUGAGGACCAGUCUUGCCCAGUGUUCAGGAAAUGGAAGCUGUCGGCUUUAAGAGACUGAGGGAGGAACGCGUGCUGUUCUUCGAGGGUGGUGCCUGGCUUGUGGCUGGCUCUUUAAAGUUUCGUCUUAUUCCCUUAUUUUGAAAAGGUCAGACGUGGCCUGGAGUAUCAGAUUGAAAGAACACAAAAGGGUAUACUGAGAAGGUGAGUCACCCCCCCGCCAGGUCCUCUAGCCAGGAGUGAUGGUGAUUCAGCGUUGGCCUGUACCCAGCCGAGGAUGCAGAUGGGAGAUAGAGCCCCCACAGAGAGCCCACAGUGCCUGGAGAAAGGAAGACGCUGGAUGUGUCUAGAGAACGUUCCUGGUGUCAGAGAGAAAGAUGAGAACCUAUCAGGUGCUCGCCUUCCUCCUGGUCUUGGUGAUCGCCUCUGUGGCCUCUGAAAACGCCAGCACGUCCCGGGGCUGCGGGCUCGACCUCCUCCCUCAGUACGUGUCCCUGUGCGACCUGGACGCCAUUUGGGGCAUCGUGGUGGAGGCGGUGGCCGGUGCAGGCGCCCUGAUCACGCUGCUCUUGAUGCUCAUACUCCUGGUGCGGCUGCCCUUCAUCAAGGACAAGGAGAAGAAGAGGCCCGUGUGCCUCCACUUCCUCUUCCUCCUGGGGACCCUGGGCCUCUUUGGGCUGACGUUCGCCUUCAUCAUCCGGAUGGAUGAGACUAUCUGCUCAAUACGCCGCUUCCUCUGGGGUGUCCUCUUCGCGCUCUGCUUUUCCUGCCUGCUGAGCCAGGCGUGGCGUGUGCGGAGGCUGGUGUGCCAGGGCACAAGCCCCGCAGGCUGGCAGAUGGUGGGCCUGGCACUGUGCCUCAUGUUGGUGCAGGUCAUCAUCGCCACCGAGUGGCUGGUGCUGACAGUGCUGCGAGACACGAAGCCAGCCUGCGCCUAUGAGCCCAUGGACUUCGUGAUGGCCCUCAUCUACGACAUGGUACUGCUUGUGAUCACCCUGGGGCAGGCACUCUUCACGCUCUGCGGCAAGUUCAAGAGGUGGAAGCUGAACGGGGCCUUCAUUCUGAUCACGACCCUCCUCUCUCUGCUCCUUUGGGCAGCCUGGAUCACCAUGUACCUCUUUGGCAACGCCAUGAUGCAGCAAGGAGAUGCCUGGAGCGACCCCACUUUGGCCAUCACGCUGGCGGCCAGUGGCUGGGUCUUCGUCAUCUUUCACGCCAUCCCCGAGAUCCACUGCACCCUCCUCCCGCCCCUGCAGGAAAACCCACCCAACUACUUCGACACGUCACAGCCCAGGAUGCGGGAGACGGCGUUCGAGGAGGACGUGCACCUGCCACGCACCUACAUGGAGAACCAGGCCUUCUCGAUGGACGAGCACAGUGCAGCUCUCCGAACAGCAGGAUUUUCCAACGGCAGCUUAGGAAAAAGAUCCAGUGGCAGCUUGGGGAAGAAACCCAGCAGCGGCUUGGGAAACAGACCCAGCGCUCCAUUUAGAAGCAACGUGUAUCAGCCAACUGAGAUGGCCGUUGUGCUCAAUGGUGGGACUAUCCCAACCGCUCCGCCAACUCACACUGGAAGACACCUCUGGUGAACAACUUUAAGUUCCAGAGAAUAAGAAUCUCUCUUACCAUUUCCAUUCCCUGGCCGUGUCUUUCUUGAGGGAGAAAUCAGUAACAGUAGCUGAGCAAGGCCGCCUCACAGCCAGGAGAGUUGGAAAUUCCGGCCGAGGGCCUUUCGUGUAAAUGUGAACACUGAUGAACUGAAAAGCUAACACCGACUGCCCUCCCCUGCCCUCCUCUGGCACACACACAGACACCUAAUGCCACACCAACCUUGGUCCCUGCAAACUAAAACAGAGCUCAUUGCAAAUAGUACUAGGCUCACUGGGAAAUGUGGCGAGGAAGACUGUUUCAUCCUCUGGGGGUGGAACAGAACUGAAUUCACAGCUUGUGAGCCAGGCUGAUGUUGGCCAGAUAGAGGGUGGGGGGCAGCCCAUCAAGCCCAUCCCUCCCCAGUAAGUGCCAGAUCCUGGUGGCCUCUUGGAGAUGACUGUGUCAUUGAGGCUUUUCGCUGGCUUGCCUGUUGGUUUGCACAUUUCAGGGGAGUUAUGCUAUGGGUGUGAUUCUAAGGUCAAUCGUGGGGGCAGUUUUAUAGCCAGAAGUGGUGUAGGAACCUGGCACGUGCCAAAGAGGACAGGCCCCCUGGGCCUUGAAGUGACCAUCAUCUCUCACUCUAGCACCUAUGACAAGAAAGCCAUCUGCCCCCUUCUCUGGGGAGCCCCAGAAAUAUCUAAGCAUGGUGGAGCCACAGUCCCUCCUGCUUCCUGCACUCAUGGGGGUCCCUUUCCCAAUUGUAUCCCCUUAUUCGUUCCAAAAGCUCAAAUGGAGCCAUGGGCUGGAAGCCCCUCUGAGAGGCAGAUUGGAAGGCCAGCGCCAUAGCAGAUUUUUCCACCAUGAUGUCACAUGGCAGGGCUGCCUGGAUUCCCAGUAGGGUGGAGAGGUGACGUCCUGCUGCCUACAAGCAGUGACCUCUUGGGUCUUUUCUAUGGAUUGGGAAAGUCCCCAGGUGGAGUGAAUCCCUUGAGGGUUUCUUGCUGCUUUGGGAGAAAGUGGGGGACAUUUUUCUCUUGCUUUUCUGCAGGUUUCAUGAAAAUGGCUCUCUUCAAAGCCCAUUAUUUCUACCAUGGUUUCCAUCUGUCCUAAGCAAGUCAUCCCUUUGUUACUUGGCAUUUCCAACAUCCCGGCCAUUAAAAGCCCCCAUGUUCUCUGCACUGUUUGGCCAGCAUAAUUGCUAGCAACGAGUCAGAGCAAAGAGUUUUAUCCUGACACGUGGAAUGUAUCAACAAGGGUGGGGCCUUUUCCAUAGACUCUAAUCACUACAUUGCUUUUUCUAUAAAACUACCCAUAAGCCUUUAACCUUUAAAGAAAAUGGAAAAGGUGAGUGUUGGGGGUGGGAGUGGGGGUGGAGGUCGGGGAACCCAGCCUCUUCAUCAGCCAGUACUUUUGCGCUGAGUGUGUUUUAAUAAACCUGAUUUGUCUUGAGGCCCUAGUCUCUGCUGUGUCCCCUCCCGGCCCCUACCUGUCCUUGGAGAGCACUGGGGGUGAGGCCAAUCUGGCCAGCCCCGCGUGCAGAUUUCCCUUACAGCUCCUGCAUUUCCUUGUGUUACCAAGCAUGGGGACAAGAGAGCAUGGCACCAAGAUGUCCCCUUUCCUGAGCUUCCCAGAGCGCCGACCCCACCCACAGCAUGUGCUUUGCUUCUAGAGAAUCUGAUCUGUCCUCUCUGCGCGAGCACCACCAUUGGGUGGGCUGAAAACUUGGAGUCUUGGGGAAGGGGAGGGAAGGAGCCAAGGCCUAGGGUGGGGUGGGGGUGGCUGCAUGCAGACCCAGCAUUCUGCAAAUAAAGAAGUCUCAGAACCCCUCGGUCCAGUCUGCGGGAAAAACGACAGCAUUGCACAUUCUCAUGCUAGGAAAUGAUUGCUCACCCCUGCUCUCUGGAGUCCUUUGGAGCUUUCUGAUACCAUCAGUGACUGGUCCGCAAGAGCCCCCCUUGCAGAAGGGAGGAGUUCGCAUGAUGGAUCGGGCCCCUCUAAGUUCUUUGUUGUCCACACGUAUAAGGUGAGCACUGUGUAAAUGGCUACCUGUGAAGAGCAGCAUUUCUGCAUCAUAAAAACAGAACCAACUUUGAGCCACGGGAAACCUCGCUGAAUGAGACCAUUUCUAUUUCUUUUUCUCCUUUUAAAUCUGAUAGGUUAGUGCUUCUGGCUUUUGUUUUAUUUUGGCUUUAAGGUUCAGGGUGGGCUGUGUGCUCUCACAGUGAGGGCCAAGGCAGGAAAGGGGAAUCUAUUUUUCUAACGGGUUCACUCAAGCACCAAGAGGAGGCUUUGCCCAGAGACUACUGCGUCUGGCUUCCUACAGAACAAGGUUUAAAUACGGAAUUGAAUGGCACCUCAGUUUCAGAUUUGUGUAUGUAAACAAGGCUUAUUUGGGGAAAGUGACCUGGAAGGACAGCAUCUGUGAAUAAUCCCUUGUUGUAAGCACAAAUUUUUCCAUGUCUUAUUAGUAAUAUCGCUUUGGAACUGUAACAGCCACUCUUGUCGCCUCUUUUAAUAGAAAAUUGUUCCAGCCUGAAUUUCUCCACUGGAGAUGAGGGCGGGGGGGAAUGAGUUCCAAAAACUUAGAAACUGGGGAGCCCUGACAUCUGGAGGAUUUCUAGGAUUAAGAGCCAGCUGUUGGAAACUGGAUGUCUAGCGGUGUUUUGUUUUGUUUUAGCACAGAUGUAAGGGGUUAGGGUCCCCGAACAAGUGCAGACUGGGGGUGGUCUUUUGGGUUGCCACAAGCUGAGUCAAACACUUCAGGCUGAACCCCAAACUAAAAGAGAGCAUGGUGGCUUUUAUAAUCCAAGGGUACAGUGAUUAUACCAGCUUCGGGGAGUUCUCAGCAGGUGCUUUUUAUUAAUUGACACAGAGCUAAGGCUCGUUUUUGAUAGAUAAUAUAUAUUUAUUAAAUGUAUUAAUGUGUUUUAUAAUGUACCUUUAUCUUCCCCUGGCUGACUUGCAUACUUAUAAAAAAUCAUUCAGAAAUUUCAAGACAAUCAGUGUGUACCAUACAUGACUAUAAAUAUUACAAAUUUAAAAGGUUGUUAAGCAUGAGCAGAUAGGUUUUAUUUUCAAAAUGCUGUUCUUAACACAAAAAAAUAAAGGCUUUACUAUUUACUUAA